AUGCUGCUGGAACGACAGUCGACUUUGGCCAGCAUUGAUGGACUGCUGCUGGAAUCACCCUUGACUGGGUCUGCUAGCCCACACUCGUCAUCGUCACCACCGACGACUGAGAAGAAGGAACGCAAAAAAGUUCUCACGGAGGAGGAGAAGGCCAAAAUUCAGGAAAGAAAACGCCAAUGCGCGGCAAUGCGAAGAGCAAUCUACAAAGAUGCCAAGCCCGAGCUAGUGGCUAAAUUUAGCCUAGCCAAUGACAAGGAGAGGUUUCAAAUGUUGAAAUCUUGGGUGCAAAACCAAGACGUGGGCGAGAUCGACAUAGAAGAAAAGUAUGUGACGUUUGUGCGCACUCUGCGCACUGACCGCUACACGACUGUGACGAUUUUUCAACUUGAAAAAAUCUAUGGUAAGGGGCAGGAGGCAAAGGCCUUCAUCCAAGAGUUGUGCCAGGGUCAGGCUGGUGUACCUCACCCCCAGGCACCCAACGUGAAAAAGGCGAGGAUGUACAAGGUCUUACGAGAAGUGGUAGAGGAAAACCAGAGUGGAACUUCAGCUGAGACCUCUGCUUCCCUUUCGGGUCGAGUUCGUGAUGGAGGAGCAAAACAGCUGCUGGCAAAGCAGCUGCAGGGCCUGAACUCUUCCACUCCCGAAUUCAUGAACCUUACUACUGGACAGAUAAGGUGUAAAAAACCAAAGAAGGAGAAGUCCCCAGUUGAUGAAGCAAUCGCCGAGAUGAAAAAGAUAUCCAAAAAGUGGAAUCAGGUGGUGAAUGAGCUCCCCAAGAUGAUCAAGGACCUAAAGGACUACAACGUGCGUGAUUGCGUUGAAGUGCCUGCUGCUACCGGGUGGCAGCGGGUGGAAACUUACUUGGGGGCUCCAGCCUCUGAAGUUGACCCUAUGGAUUUCCAAGCCAAGCUGGAAUGUGAAAAGAAUGAAAUUGCGGUUAUUAUGGGUGACAUCAGUGACGCUAAGCGUCGUCUGUCAGCUGCCAAGGGCCCAAAAAAGGGCAAAGGAAGGGCAGCCAAGAAGGCUGAUCCAUCCAGUGAUGAAGAAGAAAGUGUGGAAGACUAA